UUGUAUUCCCUGGAAGAGAAGCCGGAAAAGCCUCCGCCUGCUCAUACCAGCAUAGGCGAGAAGCUGGUUUCUCCUCGCAGCCGGCUCCCCGAGGCCCAGGAACCACCGCGGUGGCCGGCACCACCUGGAUCCAGCUCCAGGCGGGCGCGGCUUCAGCACCACGGACAGCGCCCCACCCGCGGCCCUCCCUCCGGCGGCGCGCUCCAGCCGGUGUAGGCAAGGCAGCGAGCUAUGCCCGCGGCAUGGCCCGGCGCUGCGGCCCCGUGGCGCUGCUCCUUGGCUUCGGCCUUCUCCGGCUGUGCUCAGGGGUGUGGGGUACGGACACAGAGGAGCGGCUGGUGGAGCAUCUCUUGGAUCCUUCCCGCUACAACAAGCUUAUCCGCCCAGCCACCAAUGGCUCUGAGCUGGUGACAGUACAGCUCAUGGUGUCACUGGCCCAGCUCAUCAGUGUGCAUGAGCGGGAGCAGAUAAUGACCACCAAUGUCUGGCUGACCCAGGAGUGGGAAGAUUAUCGCCUCACCUGGAAGCCUGAAGAGUUUGACAAUAUGAAGAAAGUUCGGCUCCCUUCCAAACACAUCUGGCUCCCAGAUGUGGUCCUGUACAACAAUGCUGACGGCAUGUAUGAGGUGUCCUUCUAUUCCAAUGCCGUGGUCUCCUAUGAUGGCAGCAUCUUCUGGCUGCCGCCUGCCAUCUACAAGAGCGCAUGCAAGAUUGAAGUAAAGCACUUCCCAUUUGACCAGCAGAACUGCACCAUGAAGUUUCGUUCGUGGACCUACGACCGCACAGAGAUCGACUUGGUGCUGAAGAGUGACGUGGCCAGCCUGGACGACUUCACACCUAGUGGUGAGUGGGACAUCGUGGCACUGCCGGGCCGGCGCAAUGAGAACCCCGACGACUCUACGUACGUGGACAUCACGUAUGACUUCAUCAUUCGCCGCAAGCCGCUCUUCUACACCAUCAACCUCAUCAUCCCCUGUGUGCUCAUCACCUCGCUAGCCAUCCUUGUCUUCUACCUGCCAUCCGACUGUGGCGAGAAGAUGACGUUGUGCAUCUCAGUGCUGCUGGCGCUCACAGUCUUCCUGCUGCUUAUCUCCAAGAUCGUGCCUCCCACCUCCCUCGACGUGCCGCUCGUUGGCAAGUACCUCAUGUUCACCAUGGUGCUUGUCACCUUCUCCAUCGUCACCAGCGUGUGCGUGCUCAACGUGCACCACCGCUCGCCCACCACGCACACCAUGGCGCCCUGGGUGAAGGUCGUCUUCUUGGAGAAGCUGCCGGCGCUGCUCUUCAUGCAGCAGCCACGCCACCAUUGCGCCCGUCAGCGCCUGCGCCUGCGGCGACGCCAGCGUGAGCGCGAGGGCGCUGGAGCCCUCUUCUUCCGCGAAGCGCCGGGGGCCGACUCCUGCACGUGCUUCGUCAACCGCGCGUCGGUGCAGGGCUUGGCCGGGGCCUUCGGGGCUGAGCCUGCACUGGUGGCGGGCCCGGGGCGCUCAGGGGAGCUGUGUGGCUGUGGCCUCCGGGAGGCGGUGGACGGCGUGCGCUUCAUCGCAGACCACAUGCGGAGCGAGGACGACGACCAGAGCGUGAGUGCCGCAGGCUGGGACCCCGGGCGUGAGGUGAGUGAGGACUGGAAGUACGUCGCCAUGGUGAUCGACCGCCUCUUCCUCUGGAUCUUUGUCUUUGUCUGUGUCUUUGGCACCAUCGGCAUGUUCCUGCAGCCUCUCUUCCAGAACUACACCACCACCACCUUCCUCCACUCAGACCACUCAGCCCCCAGCUCCAAGUGAGGCCCUUCCUCAUCUCCAUGCUCUUUCACCCCGCCACCCUCUGCUGCACAGUAGUGUUGGGUGGAGGAUGGACGAGUGAGCUACCAGGAAGAGGGGUGCUGCCCCCACAGAUCCAUCCUUUUGCUUCAUCUGGAGUCCCUCCUACCCCACACCUCCAUCCACACACAGCAGCUCCAACCUGGAGGCUGGACCAGCUGCUUUGUUUUGGCUGCUCUCCUCCUCUUGUACCAGCCCUCUGGUACAAAAGGAGCAAGGCUGCUAAGUGGAAGACAGAUAUGGCAGAGCCAUCCACCCUGAGGAGUGAUGGGCAAGGGGCCAGGAAGGGGACAGGAUUGUCUGCUGCCUCCAAGUCACGGGAGAAGAGGGGUAUAGGACAAGGGGUGGAAGGGCAGGAGCUCAGACUGCACCGGACUGGCCUGACACGAUGGUAGCUCUGAAGGGAGGGGAAGAGGAGAGAGGCCUGGGUGUGACCUGACACCUGCCGCUGCUUGAGUGGACAGCAGCUGGACUGGGUGGGCCCCACAGUGGUCAGCGGUUCCUGCCAAGUAGGGUUUAGCCUGGCCCCAUGGUCACAGACCCCUGGGGGAGGCUUCCAGCUCAGUCCCACAGCCCCUUGCUUCUAAGAGGUCCAGAGACCUGCCCCAGAUCCUCUUUCCCCACUGAAGAAUUCUGCACCCUCUGGACUUUUCUCUCCUUCCUUCCUUUCUCAGGCUCAAGGUGUGGUGGGCAAGGCUGAGUAUUAGGGGAGCUUCUGAGUUCUGAAUCUCUGGGUGACCUGCUUGGAGUCUCAGGUCCAAAUACUUGAAAUCUGUGAGAAGUCCAAGUUCAUGGGCUUUUGGAACUGGAAGAACUUUGUACAGCCAUAGAUUCCAACAUGAGCCAUGUUGCAGAUGAAGAAACUGACCCACACGGUGAGACAAGCACAGGUGGGUCUGACUCUUCCUCCCUGCCCUGAGAUCCAUCUGUCGAGUGCUCUGUUUUUUCCCCACUUUGAACUGACUGGUUACUCGAAGGAAGUGAACUAAGGAUGUUAGCUUUAAGCCAACCCAGCCUCUUUGUCCACAGCAGAGCUGAGGUGAACAGCUGGAACCCUGCUACAUCCGUGCUGCUCCAGUCUGUUCUGCUCAUGGCUCCAUCCUUCUGGCUGUCACUCUUCCUCUUCCCCUUCCCAACCAAACCUGAGCAGCUUUGAAGCAGAACUUGGGAAGGACAGGGCUGCUGCUGCCAGCGACACCUCAGAAAGCACAGCCUCGGCUUCCUGCCCCAUGUGACCCUGGAAGCUGUACCCUGACUCUGCUGCCAGAGGCCAGCUGGAGGCCACCUGGCUGGGUAGCCCAGGGAACAGACCUUUUAAGGGAUCUCCUGCUUGCUUGUGGUCCCAGCCUGGGCUCAAUGCUGGGCCAGCAGAUGGUGGGUUACAGAGGGGUCAGCCUGCCAAGUGCACCUGAGGGACCUGACCUGACACAAGCCAUUUUGUCCCUAGAGCCCAGCUGGGACUCCUGCUUCUUUAGGCAGGGCAGAGGAGGGAGGAGACACAGCACAGGCAUAGAGCAUGGGACAGGGACCCCUGAGUCUGGAUUCAAGUCCUCGCCCUGCUAGUAACUCACGUGAGCCAGCUUGAGCAAGUCCCUUCACCUUGCUAGAGCUCAGCUUCCUUGCCUAUAAAAUGUAGGUGGCAAUGCCCUCUUCCUGAGGUUGCUGUGAGGAUAAGGCAGUGCUUGUGAAAAAGUCUAGCGCUGUACCUGGCACAGAGUAGAUGCUUCAUGAAUGUUGAGUCUGACAGGCAACUGGAGCUAGUGAGAAUGGGGUCCCCUGACUGUCAUGCCAGCCUCCCUCCCAGGCCCACUCUUCCCCCCUCUUCCCUGAGGAAACCAAGUCUCCCUUAUCAGGAAGAGCUGGGGGAGCUGGGAGGAACAUUACACGAACACCAGAGGGAGUCUAGUGGGUGGGCAGGCUUCUCUCCGCAGCCCCCUCAGCAGUUUCAUUCCAUUCCUGGGCUGAACCCUUGCCCUGGCCCUGCCACCCUUCUGGGUCAGCACCUUCUGACACAGGUGUGUGCUCAGGGACCCCAGGCUCUAGUCCUGUACUGGCUGUGGAAGCACACCACUGGGACAGGAAGCCAGUGGCUGCAGGAGACAGGCCUCAGCGCAUCUCCUCGUCUGUCAGGAUGGGUUCACGGACACCUUUUCUUGGUAGCAGGGAGUGUCUGCACUAUGGAAACCUCCCCUCUUCUAGAGCAGAUUGGGAGUUGCCUGUAUUAUUCCUGAACCCUCCUUGAACUCAUGGUCCUGGGGAAGGCGUCUUGGAACCAGAAACAGCAACAGGAAAGGAGCCUCCCUCUGAAGGGUAGGGUGCCGGCCUGAGGCCCUCCCUCUUUGCUCUCCCAGGGCCUGGGCUACCCCGAGGCCCCAGCAGCUGCUGCUGUGGCUGUACUUGCUUUUAAUAUUUCCCAUACAUGGCUGUUGUCCAAGUUAAGUCACCAAAUGGUGCUAGAGGGGAUGGCAGAGAGCAGCUUGUCCACCUCCUCUCCAUGACCCGGUUAACACACGAGGAAACAGGCCUAGAGGUUGUCUGCUGUUUGACCCCUUCUAAGAACCAGCUGUGCUGCAUCUACAAAAUGAAGAUGACAGAGCUAGCUGAGGUCUUCAGCAAGGAAGAAAGGGGUCAGUGUAUAUGAAAGGGUUACCUGGGCAGUGUCAUUCCCUCCAUCUCUGUAUGCAGCCCUUUGGGGACCAUCACAAUAAGGAAGAGGUGAAGGCUCUACUGCCCAGGCAAGGUGUUACCAUGUGGUGGGAAAGUGUGAACCCUCAAGUGCACUGGGAAGCUUUGGGGAACCAGUCUCUUCCACCCUUGGGUCAUGUGUCCCCUUCUCUUGAUGUCAGGGAAGCCCCUAUGCCUCCUUCCCGUGGUGGGGCUAUCUCUGCAGAGAAUUGGGUGCCCAGCUUAAUGCCGGGCAAGGACUGGAGGAAGCUCCAGACCUGGAGGUGGCAGAGAUACUGGAUGGAAACCUGGAGCAAGGGUUUGGGAGGGGGAAGUGAGGAAACAGGUUGAGACUGUCUCCAUCAGAGAUGGCAAGGCCACAGGUGAUCUGAGAACUAUUUUUGUCUGAAAAGAAGGCAUGCACAGGCUGUCUGCUUUUGACAGGUGGCAUUGCGGUGGGAGGAAGGCAGCUUCCUGGCAGGGAGAUAGAAAUACUAGAACAGCUGGUACCAAGUUAUUGAAAAUUUAAAAGCAAACAAGACACAACAGCCCCCAGGUGGUGUGUUCUGCUGAGGAAGGCUACGGCAGAGGAAGGGCAAGACCGUUUCCCCCAGUGGUCUUGAAACCGGAAGAGGAAACAGGGAGGGCUCUUUGGGUGGUUUGGGGGCCUGGGGCUGUUUGUAUCCCAGUAUUAGCUCCCGUUACUAAGGGUCUGCUCUGCGCCAGGUCCUCAGCAUGCGUUGUCUUUAUUCCGCAUGACAAUCCUAUGGGAAGGGGCCUCCACCUACAUAACAGAAAUGCGGCUCAGAGAGACCAAGUGACAGCUAGUGAGUAGUGCUGGGCCUGAACCCCAAAGUCCACACUCUUGCUGUAGCCGCUGAGGCAGGCAGAAGAGAUCCUCGGGAGGAAAGUAAGGGGCAUUCAAGGCCUUCUCUGAAUCACUCCCCAAGCCAGAGUAGACCCAGUUCCAGUUGUCCCCCUCUGUUUCCGGGCAGAGUCAGGCAGGUGUCAUACCAUCCCUCCCCGCCCAACCAGUGCUGGCCAGACUCCCAUUCACCGACCUUGACUAGACAGUGAACAGCCACCUUUUAGUAUUCAUCCCAACAGGUCCAGGCGGUCAGUGUGAUAGCCACGCAGUUCCUAAGGGACUGUAGGUCUAGGAAUCAUUAGGACACUCACUCAGCCACCCUUGAUGCCCCCAUCUUCCCCACACUGCCCUUGGCCUCCCCCAUCUGCACUCCUGGAGUAUCUGCACUGGUUUAGCCCACUCCAGGUCAGACUCAUUAGGAACUCAAGAUUCUCGUAAAGAAAGUUGUUUCCAAAGCUGUCUUGUCACUCUAUUUGGGGGAUGGGAGACAGCCCGCGGGGGCCAGCGUUGGCGAAUACAGGAAAAAGGGAGAAUGCUGGAGAAACUGGACUCGUGAGAGCUUAGAGACAUCACAAGAAUCCAAAGAAAAAGUGAGUGGUGACAGUCUGCCGAAUCACUGAUUUGUUGCUUUACAAAUCCACUCAGAUGGAAAAGAAAUGGCCAAAUGACUGGGCCUGGAGUAGGCAGAGUCCAGAAAAGGCCCCCGGAGUCCCUUGUAAAGGGCUGGGCGGAGGUGAGGACCACUCUUCUGGAGGCGGGGAUGGCUGGGGUUUCCUCUCACAGCCCCCAUGCUCUGGGAAGUCAAGGCUGUGGUUUGCAUAAGGUCAGACCUGCAGAUCUGGGCCUACAUCCUAGAAACAGUAUUAAAUUAUGAGCCCCCUAAAUGAAAUGCAAGGUGGACAGCAACUGAAAUAAGCUGAAGAAAAUCCCUCUUGUGCUCCCUCAGGGCAGCCCUACUUCCCAGCCCACUCAGGGAACGUCGUGGGAGGACAGUGUUGUUCCCUCUGGACACAAAGUGGCUGGGCACUUGCCUCAGGCUAUGAGGAAACUGUCCACUUUUUAAAAGACCUGGCACUACAUUUCUGUCCACGUGGAACCGGAGCUGUCUGAGAACAGAGAGGACAGACGCACUCGAGGUUCCUGGUACAUCACAGCAGGCAGAUACAACAGCCUUCACUGUCUUUCCACUUAAAACUGUUGGCCAGGUGCAGUGGCUCACGCCUGUAAUCCCAGCACUUUAGGAGGCUGAGGCAGGUGGAUCACCUGAGGUCAGGAGUUUGAGACCGGCCUGGCCAACAUGGUAUACAAAACAUUAGCUGGCCGUGGUGGCAGCGCAUGCCUGUAAUCCCAGCUACUCGGGAGGCUGAGGCAGAAUCGCUUGAACCCGGGAGGCAGAGGUUGCAGUGAGCCAAGAUCGUGCCAUUGCCCUCCACCCUGGGCAACAAAAGCGAAACUUCGUCUCAAACAAAACAAAACAAAAAACCAACUGUUCAGCUUACCCAGCAAUGUAUCUCAGUAGACGAUGAAUGACACCUGUGGUGGUGUGGUGUUCUGGUCCUCAAGAAAUAUGCCCACAAACAACAUGUCACUGGCCCUUCUAGCCUCAGUUGUUCCUUCUGUGUAAUGGAUGAGGCAGGUUUAAUUGGGACUUAGCCUCACUGUUAGGUACUUUAGAUCCUCUGGUAUGAUAUUAUUAAAGGGUCCAGGAUGAGUCUUCUAGAAAUUCUGAUGUAAAUUACAAUGUGAAAAAAGGUACAUUCUCUCUGAAAUUCAAGAUGGAGAGAUAAUUUGGAUGUCAUCUAUGAUGUAAAAAGAAAAUGGUCUGUCUCCUAAAACUACAACCAAGCCUGUCCUGGUCCUGGCUGCAACUUUACUCCAAAUAUGCACAUUCCUGGAAGUCAAACAGCUGGUAGUAGUGGGGUUUGGAGGAGGUAGAAAACACCCCUGAAGGAGAGCUGGAAUUAUGUACGUAAUAGGUGAUCCUCUCUCAAGGGAUGUUUUCCUACUCUGGGCCUUGAAAUCUUGCGUCUCAAUUCCUGUGGGACAAGAUAUUUAAUAGUGGGCUCUGGCCGGGCACGGUGGCUCACGCCUGUAAUCCCAGCACUUUGGGAGGCCGAGGUGGACCUCACGAGGUCAGGAGACAAGAUCAUCCUGGCUAACACGGUGAAACCGCGUCUCUACUAAAAAUACAAAAAAAUUAGCCAGGGGUGGUGACAGGCGCCUGUAGUCCCAGCUACUCGGGAGGCUGAGGCAGGAGAAUGGCGUGAACCUGGGAGGCGGAGCUUGCAGUGAGCCGAGAUCACGCCACUACACUCUAGCCUGGGAGACAGAGUGAUACUCCAUCUCUAAAUCAAUCAAUCAAUCAAUCAAUCAAUAGUGGGCUCUGCUGGGGAAGGGCCCUGCUGGGGAAGUAAUCAAAAGGUGCCUGAUGAACCCCACCUCACCCAGAUGCAAAUUUACCCACAAAGGGAGGUUCUUUGAAAUGGCUCCUUUCCAAAGGCUGAGGGACAGCCCUGUCCCCCACAGGUUCAUGUCAGAUGCCACUGGUGCUGUUAUCAGAAACCCCAGGGCCACAGGUCCCUUUGUUUCCAUUUUCACCUCCCCCAAGAAACCAGGACUUAAAACUUUCUAAGAAUUCAGAUUCUUGUUUUUUUUAUUUAUGAGGAAUGUAUAUUGUUAAGUCACUGUUAUCAAGGGACACAUAAAAGCAGAAUCAUAAAACUGGACUGCAGCCAUCAUCACAGUACCCAAGUCUAUGCUUGGGGUCUUCCUGACUCUGCUCUUGGAGUCACAACCAAGACUCCAAAAAACCAACAAAGUCCCUGCAAUGUGAGUAAAGGAAACAGCUUCAAGCACUGACAAUUUUUACAAGUGAUUAUUCAAGGAAUGCACAGUAGCCACAGUUCAGACAAAUCAACUACAAAAAUCAUUAAAAAGAAGAGUAGGGAGGGGCACUGCUUAUUAAAAACAAAAGACUGGACAAAGAAAGUGAAGAUAACAGUGGGCAGAAGCUCUGCCUCCUCUGUCCUGUGUGACUCAGGGGGCCAUGGGGGCGCGGGGGUGUGCGAUCUGACACGGC